AUGUCGGCGAAAAGCGUAAAAGGCGAAGGUGGGAAGAAGCCAGCCACUGCAGCAGUCAAUUUGAUUGCCGGAGGUGGUGCUGGUAUGAUGGAAGCCCUUGUGUGUCAUCCCCUCGAUACGAUCAAAGUGCGAAUGCAGCUUUCGACACGAGCCCGAGCCCCCGGUACCAAGAAGAGAGGCUUUUACCAGACGGGAAAGGAGAUUGUCAAACGCGAAACUGCGUUUGGUUUGUACAAAGGUCUCGGAGCAGUGCUGAGCGGUAUUGUUCCCAAAAUGGCCAUUCGCUUCACAUCUUAUGAAUGGUAUAAACAAGCGCUAGCGGAUAAAAAUGGUGUUGUCACGUCCAAAGCAACAUUCUUCGCCGGUCUCGGUGCUGGAGUCACAGAAGCGGUGGCUGUAGUGACGCCGAUGGAGGUGGUCAAGAUUCGAAUGCAGGCACAAUACCACAGUUUAUCCGAUCCUCUCGACGUCCCAAAAUACCGCAGUGCUCCUCAUGCGGCCCUGACUGUGAUAAAAGAAGAAGGAUUCGGCGCUUUAUACCGCGGAGUGUCUCUUACGGCGCUGAGACAGGGAACCAACCAGGCCGUCAACUUUACAGCAUAUACCGAGUUUAAAUCGAUACUACAAAAGGCCCAGCCUCAGUACGACAACAAGAACUUGCCUGCAUAUCAAACGACAUUGAUUGGACUCGUAUCUGGUGCUAUGGGUCCCUUCUCCAAUGCUCCCAUCGACACCAUCAAGACCAGGUUACAAAAAACACCAGCCGAGCCAGGCCAGAGUGCCAUUACGCGCAUAGUGAAUAUAACGAACGCCAUGUUCAAGCAAGAAGGACCGCGUGCCUUCUACAAGGGUAUCACACCCCGAGUGAUGCGAGUGGCACCAGGUCAAGCCGUCACAUUCACAGUAUACGAAUUCCUCAAGAAGAAGUUGGAGGACAGCAGUCUACCAUUCACUGGAGGGAAGUAUGAGGAGUAA